CGAAUCUUUUUCUCUCUCUAAAAAAACCAGAUUCUUGAUAGAAGGAAGGAAGAAGAAGAAGAAGAAGAAAGGAGAAUCAGCCAUGGCUUCACCGAGCAAACGCCGAGAGAUGGAUAUGAUGAAAUUGAUGAUGAGUGAUUACAAGGUGGAUACAGUCAACGACGAUUUGCAAAUGUUCUAUGUCACAUUCCAUGGACCUACUGACAGUCUUUAUGAGGGAGGUGUAUGGAAGAUCAAAGUCGAACUCCCUGAAGCUUACCCUUACAAAUCCCCUUCUGUUGGAUUUGUUAACAAGAUUUAUCACCCUAAUGUCGAUGAAUCUUCGGGGGCUGUUUGCUUAGAUGUAAUAAACCAGACAUGGAGCCCAAUGUUUGAUCUCAUAAAUGUUUUCGACUCCUUCCUUCCGCAAUUGCUUCUAUAUCCAAACCCAUCGGAUCCUUUUAAUGGAGAAGCUGCUUCCCUGUUGAUGCGAGACCGCCCUGCCUAUGAGCUUAAAGUUAAAGAAUAUUGUGAGAAGUAUGCAAAAGCAGAGAAGGAGAAUUCAAGCGAUGACGAUGAUGAUGAUGAUGAUGAUGAUAGCAUGAGCGAAGAUUGUUCGGAUUCUGAUGAUGAUGCCAACGAGAUUGUUGGAAAAGCCGAUCCAUGACUGUUGCAAUUCAAUCUUUCUCUGCACUUUUCUCAAUUAGUCCAUCUUCAAAUUUAAAACCAGUAAUUCUCUCAUUUGCUAAGAGGGAAACUUUCCUCUGUAAAUUUGUAAAGACUUGUAUUGUUCUCUAGGAAUAUUGAAAUUUCAUUUUUUCAGACA